GUCACCUCUUUGAUGAACGCAGUUAUUGACCCCUCCACCCACCACCACCACCACCCUUUCCUCCCUGCACCCUGCGGCUCAUUGGUCUCAUCGUCGGUGGCUCGUUCAGACUGCUGCAUGCGGUCAGAUGGUCUCCAGGACGCCUUUGAAUGGGAAAUGCACUUGAUGUCACGUUUAAUGUAGUGAGGGAACCUUCGGGGAGCGCAUGACGGGGCUUUAACUUGGACUUUCCACCGGAGGCUGGGGAUCUUCGUCCUUCCAAGUGUAAACCGUGGUUUGAUUGAAAGGAUGAAACGACUGUUCAGAGCCACAUCGGGGAGAGAUGGGGUGGGCCACUGACAUCAAAGGAGCCUCGUUUCACGUCAAACUCUGAAGUGCAGAGGUGUUUGAUUUAAAAAAAAAUAAGGUGUAGAGCUGGAAAACAUCUGUACGAUGCAUUUUACUUGCUCAUAUAUUUUAUUGUAAGCUCCAGGAGCAAAGCAGCCAUUGCCCUUCAAUGCAUCCUCUGAAUGGAAAUAUGGACACUAUCAAUGGAGGAUUUCUAACUCAACAUGUCCAGAAACUAUGAGCCUGGUCACUCAGUAGGAAUGUUGGCCGCCGUGGAACACGGUCCCAUCCUCUGCAGCGACUCCAACAUCCUCUGCCUCUCGUGGAAGGGCCGGGUACCCAAGAGUGAAAAGGACAAGCCGGUGUGCCGGAGGCGCUACUACGAAGAGGGCUGGCUCGCCACGGGGAACGGAAGAGGAGUUGUUGGGGUGACGUUUACAUCGAGUCACUGCAGGAGGGACAGAAGCACGCCGCAGAGAAUCAACUUUAAUCUGCGCGGACACAACAGCGAGGUUGUCUUGGUGCGUUGGAAUGAACCCUUUCAGAAGCUGGCCACCUGUGAUAUGGAAGGAGGUAUUUUUGUAUGGAUCCAGUAUGAAGGGAGGUGGUCUGUAGAGUUGGUGAACGACAGAGGAGCUCAGGUGAGUGACUUCACCUGGUCCCAUGAUGGCACUCAAGCCCUCAUCGCGUACCGGGAUGGCUUUGUGCUGGUUGGCUCGGUCAGCGGGCAAAGACACUGGUCCUCAGAGAUUAACCUGGAGAGUCAAAUCACCUGUGGCAUCUGGACGCCUGAUGAUCAGCAGGUCUUGUUUGGUACAGCAGACGGUCAGGUUAUAGUGAUGGACUGUCACGGACGAAUGCUCGCCCACGUCUUGUUGCACGAGUCCGACGGGAUCGUCAGCAUGUCCUGGAAUUGCCCAGACUUCCUGGUUGAGGACAGCACAGAGAGCGACACCGACUCCGAUGACAAUAUUCUGCCUUUAGUGCGCAGAGUGAAGCCUUUGUUGACAGUCACCUUCCUAUCAGGAGAUAUCAGUUUGAUGAACAGCUAUGACGACCUCUCUCCUGCCGUAAUCCGCUCAGGGCUGAAAGAUGUCGAGGCCCAAUGGUGCUCCCAGGGAGACCUACUGGCUGUGGCCGGCAUGGAGAGACACGGGCUUCCUGUCGACUCUGCCUGCUCGUCCGUCACGAGGAACGCCCUCGUUAAGUUCUAUAAUGUCCAAGGAGAGCACAUCUACACUUUGGAAACACCAGCGCAGAGACCCAUCACCACCAUCUGUUGGGGACACAGAGACUCUCGUCUCUUCCUUGCAUGUGGACCGGCCCUCUACGUGGUGCGUGUGGAGCACAGGGUGGCCAGCCUACAACUUUUAUGCCAGCAGGGCAUCGCCAGCGCCCUGCGAGAGGAGAAAGACGUGGGGAAACUGAACAUGCCCUCGCUGCUCUGCUCUUAUGUCACUACUGCGUUUAUACCCACCAUCAAGCCCCCAAUCCCUGACCCCAACAACAUCCGUGACUUUGUCAGCUAUCCCACAGCUGGGAACGAGAGGCUCCACUGCACCAUGAAGAGGGCCGAGGACAGCCCUGAGACAGGCGGACCCUGCUACACGCUAUACCUGGAAUAUUUAGGAGGACUGGUGCCCAUUCUCAAAGGAAGGCGCAUCAGUAAAUUACGGCCUGAGUUUAUCAUUAUGGAUCCAAAAAUGGACAGCAAAGCAGAGGAGGUGUGUGUGAAUCCCAUGAUCUCAUACGCUGACAGCUGUAACUGCUCGGACUCCAGUGACAUUGAGUUGAGCGACGAGUGGGUCGGGAAGAAGUCCCCAAAGUUAUCUCGAGGAAACAGGAUGAACUUGGAAUCAAGAAAAUCCCCCAAACUUUCACGCAUCAAUCAGGAAGGCCAACGAUCACCACGGUUACCAAUGAAAAAGCCUCCAGUUCGGUCUCCCAGUCUGACACGUCGAGACUUUUCUAUGGAUGGGAUCACAGAGCACAACUACCUUGCUCAAGUCACAUCCAACAUUUGGGGGACCAAAUUCAAAAUCGUCGGACUCGCUACUUUUCUCCCUGCCAAUCUUGGUGCAGUCAUCUAUAAGACAAGUUUGCUUCAUCUACAACCAAGGCAGAUGACAAUCUACCUUCCAGAAGUGCGAAAGAUUUCUCAUGACUUCAUGAGCCUGCCUGUGUUCAACCCCAACGUCUUCAGUGAGGAUGAGGAUGACCUACCAGUGAUGGGACCAUCUGGAGUGGCGGGAGACAAUCCACCCUGUACCGUCAACAUCCCCAUUGCUCCCAUCCACAGCCCGGCUCAGGCAAUGUCUCCAACUCAGAGCAUCGGCCUGGUUCAGUCUCUUCUGGCCAAUCAGAACAUCCAGCUUGAUGUGCUGACCAACCCCACGGCCACUGCAGCAGCAGCAGCUGCAGCCGCAGCGGCGGCAGCAGCAGCUGCAGCAGCUUCUGUCCCUGUUACGGAUCAUGGGCCGGAUGCAGCGUCAUCGCCAUAUCCAGUGCAAAGUAGAUACUCAAACCCUGGUCAAGUGAUCUUCAAUGGGCUGGAGAUGGGUCCUCUCCUUCCUGGUACUCUUCCUCCCCCACCUCCACCUCACCAUCUCCCACCGCAGCCUCACGCGCAACGGUCUCAUUCCCAGCAGCCUCGCCAACUGCCCUCCAAACAGUCACAGCAGAUGCAGACGCAGAAAAUACAUCAUCAUCAACAGCAGCAGCAGCAGCAGCAGCAGCUCCAUCAUCAGUCUCAAUCACAGCAGCAACAGCAGCAAUUACAGCAGCAACAGCAGCAAUUACAGCAGCAACAGCUGCAGCAGCAGCAGCUACAGCAGCAACAUCAACAGCUACAGCAGCAACAGCAACAGCUACAGCAAUUGCAGACGCUGCACCAACAGCAGCAGCAACAACACCAACAACACCAGGUUCAGCAGCACCAACAACUCCAACAAAAUCCGACGCACCAACAGCUUCAUCACCAACAGCAGAUCCAGCAGCAGCAACAACAGAUGCAGCUGCAGCAUGAGCAGAUGCAGCAGCAGCAGCAGCAGAUGCAGCAGCAGCAACAGCAGAUCCGCCAACAGAUCCAGGAGAUGAGGCAGCAGCAGCAGCAGCUCCAGCAGCAGCACCAGCAGAUCCAGCAGCAACAUCAGCAGAUGCAGAGGCAGCACCAACAGAUGCAGCAGCAGCUGAAGAUGCAGAUGACGCUGCCCCCUCCCCCGUCCGGCUAUCCAACCAUUUCGUUGCACCAGAUUCAUCUCCUGCCUCCACCUCCAACCACUGAGCCGGGUUUCAGAGGGGAGCACACACACACUCUUAAGCCAAGUCUGCCGCGGACUUUACCUCCCUUCAGUGAAAUGGAUGGAACGAUGGAGAUUCAGAUGAGGAAGGUGAAUCCUCCUCCCCCUUACCCGGGCACCGCGGUGUCCGUGGCGACGGCCACAGCCGCCGCCGCCGCGCCCCAAACCCUCGUCACAAACUGUGACAGCCCAAGUGUCCUGUCGUCAGACCUUUGCCUGAAGAAGGACGAAUUUUUGCUUCACCCCGUCACUUUACAGUACCCGACACCUCUGGGGUACGAAAGGAUCACAACCUUUGACAGCAGUGGCAACGUCGAGGAGGUUUGUCGACCACGCAGGCGCCUCGUUCGCAACCAAAACGCGUAUGCUGUCCACGGCAUCGGAGGCUCGGCCACGCUCAAGGUCACGUCCUCUGAGAAUAAAAAAAUUCAGCUUCCUUACAGCUCGGCGACAUUGAGUCGUCUCUCUGUCCCCCGAUACUCAAUACCCAGUGGAGACCCUCCUCCUUACCCCGAUCCGCCCAAUCAAGUGACUGCCACGCUUCCUCCUCCCCAGAGAAUCGACAACAGCCUGAUUCACGCCACUCUACGCCGCGACCGAAGGGACGUGGGGCUUAAAGUUCCGCAGAUGAUGGAAAGCUCGAGAACCCUCCCCACCAAGGCCAAAAUGAACAGUGCCCUAGCGCUUACCUACCAAUCGAGGGUGCCCACAGCGCUGUACACAUGCACACAGUGCAGCAGCAACAGCAGCAGCACCAGCGUCAGUGUUAGUGGGGGGGGGACUACGAGCAGUGGCAUCGCAGGUGGCACGGUGGUGAGGCAGGACUUUCCACCGGGGAAAGGAGCGCAUCACAGCACCAUUAUCGUGCACUCCAAAAGCACCUCACCCAUGAGCUCUCAAUCGCCUUACAGUCUGCUGAGUGCCGUGGACAACAGCAGGGACCGAACGGUGUACGUCAACUCCGCCUUUACCGAAGAUGAGACUUUGAAUCAGCAUUGUCACCUUGAGAAAUCCGUACGUCAGCUGACUCUCGGCGAUGUCAGUUUGACAGUCAAACGCCCUCCGCCUUACCAGUGGGACCCCUCCACCACGGAGGAGUUCUGGCUCACUCCAGAGCAAACAAUGUUAGGUCCUCCGCCGGCACCUCAUAAGCCGCCUCCGCUCAUCAUUGGUCAAGCUCAGCACUUGGACAUGACUCGGCUACCGUUUGUCCUCACGACUAAACCUCCAACCAGCCAGACCACGAGUACUCUUACUUUCCCAUCCGGCUACCAGAUAUCCCUCUCGCCUUUUCCUCCGGGCGUGAGUCACACUGGUCCUCCACUGCAGACCUUACAGAACCCUCUACCGAGUGAAGUGGUGGGCUCAGUCCCUUUCUCCCAGCAGGAGCCCAACUUGGUCUUGCCACCAGGCUACCCUCCAGGUCUCGCUAACUUGGCCUGCUGCCCCCUCCCUCCAAUGUAUCCAGGGGCCAGCUCAUGUGCAGGACUUCAGCUGCACCCGGUCAGCCUCCACCCCUGGAACCCUUACCCUUGCCCGCCUCCCAUGCAAGACCCUCCCGCACCUCCCCUCCCGACCAAAACCCAUCAGAUUUUAGAGAAGCCCAUCCUGUCGCCACCUCCUCCUUCUGGCCCUCCCCCACCACCGCCUCUCCCUCCUCCUCCUCCGCCCACUGAACUACCGCCGUCCAAAACCUCCACAGAGGAUCUCGCGGAGUGCGCCAACAACUUUCUAGAACCGUCCUCUCUGAACGACAGCCCUGUGCCGCAGGAGUCCGAGCGCUUCAACAAGAAGAGCCGCAAAAGACUGGACAGCAGAGCCGAGGAAGCCAACAUGACCACCGUCUCCGAGGGCAAAUCUAGAAAGGAGGGGCGCGCGCUCUCCGACUUCAACACUCUCAUAUCCAGCCCGAGGCUCGGCAGCAGAGAGAAAAAGAAGCCCAAGGGGCAGAGAGAGCAGCUCAACAAAACCAAGAAGAUGAGCCGGACCACCGCCGAGUUCCAGGACAGCUCAGAGAGCGAGCCGGAGCUGUUCAUCAGCGGCGACGAGCUCAUGAACCAGAACCAGAGCAGCAAGAAGAGCUGGAAGAACAAGCGCAGCCUGCGCAUGGCGAGUGAGCUGGAGGAGAUAAAGUGCCGCAAGGCCAAUGAAAGAGAGGACCGCAGUUUGGGAAGCCAAGGGUUCGUCUACGUUAUGGCCAAUAAACAACCGUUGUGGAAUGAAGCCACCCAGGUGUACCAGCUCGAUUUUGGAGGACGAGUCACACAGGAAUCGGCAAAGAAUUUUCAAAUUGAGCUGGACGGUAGACAGGUAAUGCAGUUCGGUCGAAUUGAUGGGAAUGGCUACAUCUUGGAUUUCCAGUAUCCUUUCUCAGCAGUGCAGGCAUUUGCUGUUGCUUUAGCCAACGUGACUCAACGGCUUAAAUGAAAGGGCUUUGUGUUUUUAUGUUGCUAUAGAUCAAUUGAAAAGAAACCACAUUUGCCGAGCACCCCCCAAUGUGUGGGGAUAAAGCUGCGAGAGUGUCGAUGUUGUGGUGAUUCUUUUUAACAUAAAAGAUGGUUUUGCACGUGCAGAUGAUUUGCAAUCAGUCUGUUGCAACACCAGUGUAGGUCAAGGAUGAUGGAGACUACACCAGUUCUUCCAUCAGUUUUAGUUCAUAUGUUGAAUGUACACUAGCUAAUUCUAUUUAUUAUUCAGAUGUUAUAUAGUGUAGUAAAAAUAUGGACCUUCCCUGGAUCAUCAAAAGGUUUAUAAGGUACAUGUUGAAAUAGAUUUUAAAAGCAGUGUGGAGGUUUAGGACCGUAUGUGGUUCCAAAGACCCUUCCCUCUUAAAACGAUGGCUAAUUAUAUGUAUAUUUGAUUUAUGUUUGUGAUAUUUAUAAAAAAUAUAAAAUUAAAAUACCUCCAUCCAUACUAACAAUGGCUGUCGAAGUUGCAAAUACAGUACAUGUUCAACUAGCCAUACAAUGUCUGGACCUUACUAUAAGUCUAGUUAAACUAUCCAUAAAGUUAUAUGGUUUUAUUAUGAAUAUCAAACUGAUUGUUCUGACUCUUCAUUCUUAAUUCAAAGCCUAUUUGUUAAAUAUUGAUUUGAGUAUUUUUUUGAUCACUAUUUAAUCAUUUUCAAUUUGCUGAACAUCAAGUAGAAGAAAAUAUUCAUUCCGUAACUAUUGACCGCAGUUUAUCAUAGUUUGUAUAUUUUCUAUUUAGGACACCUCCAUAAAUCGGUGCAAUUAACAUAGUAAAUCCAAUCAUUUUGGCCACAAUACUGCAAAUGCUGUUGUGAUCGGAUAUCGGAUUUUUUUUUACAUUUUUGAGUAAUGGUCUACAGUAACCUUAUAUGUGCCAAAUAGUCUACAUGCUUUUGGCUUGAAAUAAGAUAGUGGGGAAGAAAAGAAAAGAUGUCAUCCACACUAAUAAAAAAGUGCAUAAGCGUUGAGAUCCUCUCAGAUAAUCUGAAACUUGGUUGGCUCUGUGUUGUUUUCAUUUGGUGUAUAUGACGCUGCUACGUACAUCAGUAGUUUGCCUUUUUGGAAACCAGUGCCGCUUUAGAUAUAUAGAGCUUGUGUGCAAUAAUGCUACUUAGAACUGGUGUUGUACUUGUGCAACAGAAAAAUACAAUGCUGCUUGCACUGUGUAUUUAGUAAAUUACUUGACAUUAUUAAACGCUUGGACAAUUAAGCUUAUGUUGCUGCUUUUAGUAAUUUUGUACUUCACCUUUGCUUUUACAUGGUAACAAGGGUUUUUUGAUGUUCAACUAAGAAAAAAAAAGGAGAACAAUGAGCUUACAAAGGUGAUGAAUACAAUUCAUUCACAAGUUGUUACAAUUAACAGUCAGUAUGAGUGACAUUCAUUUAGAUUUGGUGCUAAGAAACAAAAGUGGAAAGGAUAUUGUGUUCUUCGGUAAAACAAGGUGGUUUUGACAUUGGCCAUUUGCUAAAAGAAGAUGUUUUUGAGGUAUAUGAAGAAUGUAUUUUGAGAGAGGCUACAGAGAGUUUUCAUUCAAGAGCUUUUCCUUUAAUGCAGCUUUAGAGAUUUCAGCGACAGUGUGUCAACAAUACUGCCCAAUGAAUAGUUGGUUGACUGAAAAACUCUUGUAUUGUGAAGGAAACAAAUAUGAUGUGACGAUAGUUGUACAUGAACCUAAUGGCGGGCCAAAAUGUAAUAAAAGUACAUGAUUCCAAA